UUUGUUCUGUAACAAUGUUGACACCGGGGCGCAGGUCGCGUCGCUCUAUCCUAACACCAUCACGCUCUUCCACUAGUAGUUCCCGCAUUGCUAGCCCUGCUCCUUCUCUUCAGAAAGCCCAGAUAAUCUCAGAGACCACACAAUACAAGCUCACCACUGUUCCCAACUCGAUACACUCCAUAGCGCGUGAUGUGGUGAAGCGGCGCAGAGUAUCAUGUGCAGGGUUCAGCGCGGGGCUGGGUUACGCGUGUGAGGGUAACCGAGUGGUGGUGUGGCCGGUGGGAGGUAACAAGAUGUUCGAGUUGUUGGUUCCUAAUCCUGUCUUCAGUGUUCACAUUACUGAGGAUAACGGAGCUGUCGUUACCACUGAUAAAGGAGAAGUAGUGAGGUGGAGCAGAGUAGACCAAACACAGCGCUACACAGUACAACACAGCACCAUAACAGAUACUGUAGUGGACACCACGCUACAUCAUGACAACAACACUCUUCUGCUCCUUGAUUCUGCUCACAAUAUUUGGGCCUCUGAUAACACCGGACUUGCUCUGCUUAAUCCUGGUUCUGCGCUCGGAGGUUUAUCACGACGAGUGAGCAGCAUGUUCUGGACCGCUCCCGAAACCCAGCUAGGAGAUGCUAUCAAGAUAGUAUCUUGUAAUGAUGUGAUAUUUGUGGUGGGGACCAAGGGACUUCAGAGGAUUCAUGGCACCGCAGUAACGUGGACCACAGAUCUAAUGCCCAUGGUAUCAAACUCCUGCAGUUCCUUGCUCAUCAUUGAUGCUGUGUCUGAGGAAGGAAUGUUGAAGUGCCUGGUGGAGGUGGAUGAGUUGUUGUUUGUUGUGACACUCAGCUCUCAGCAUACCACUGUGCCUUGCAGUGUCGACUCUUCUAUACAACUACAGACGGACGAGGUGAAAGGAGUGAAGCUACUCUUACAACCUGGCACUGACGUGGGACUCCUCUACUCAGAGUCCGAGUGUCACAUUAUCACUCUCACUUCAGGUGUCACGGUACCAGUAGUACUAGAGGGUGACGAGGUGGUCAGUGCGCUGAUAACUACCGGAGACAUCAACCUCAUCACCAAGCAGAAUGGACUAGUAAAGCUAACGGUAAAGGACGUGAAAGCAGCAGUGAGCAACCUGAAUAUCUCUAGCAGCGAAGGGGACGAAUACAGAACAGUCGAGAAGAAGUUUCUUGGAGCUUUCAAAUGUUUUAUAGAGUUCAACGAGACUCAGGAUCAGGCCACAUUGCAGGAUAUCCUAGGAACACAAGAUGUUGAGAUGAUCAGUAGAGUGCUGAGUGAAACAGGAGAGUAUCUGAUAACCUCAGCCCCAGCAGCUGACCCUCGCUGGGGUGGUACUGAUGCCAACCUUCCUGUUACUCUAGGACUCCAGAUAGAAGAACGAAUCAGGAGGCUACAAGGACUGUUGCAGUUUGUAGUUGUUACUGGUUACUAUGACAGUUUAGUCUCUGAAGAGGACAACAUUGCUCUCAGACUCCUUCAAUAUGUGGAGAAGUGUCUCGUUGCUAAGAUGUUUUGCAGCAGUAACUGUGCUCUAUUGCGUAGAGCUAUUAGUGAGUCAGCUGCGCUCUUCAAGACUGAUCAGACUCAGGUCUCUUCUGAAGACAUUGUGUUCAGUAACAUCAAAAAGAUCGAAGUAGUGUACGGGGCACUUGCGGAGGGCCAGAACACAGUACUGUCCAGUAAAGCCGAGAGCGAGGCUGUCGUACAAGAUCUGUUUGUGAGCGUGGAGGUUAUCCAGCAGACUUUUGAUGCUCUUCUCUCCUGGAGGGAACAAUCCCGUCAGCUUUACGAGCUAGCCGUGAAGCCAGGCACAUUGACAUGGUGUGACACAGACGAGAUAAGGACAAUGUUAACUGCUCAGGUGCACAUCGCACUUGACACUGUCCUUAAUGAAGUGGACGAGGAUGGACGAUAUCAGGUACUGCUGGUGUCGGCUAGUCUAGCUGAGUCAGUUCUAAAGCUGUAUCAAGACCUGAUAGGGAGACUUCCUCCCAGUGACAACAGAACUGCUAACUUACAGACCGAGUUCGAGAGGCGCCGUCACUCGUUGAUACAGCCGUUUGUAGAACUCAAGAUCUACCAGAUAGCUUUCACCCUAGCUGAGCAGUUUCAACACUUUACUCUGUUAGUGCAGCUGUGUGAGGACACUAAGGACAUGGUUAAGCUGAGAUCACUCUCUGCUGAACAUCCUGGAUUUGCCGAGGUAGCGUACAAUUGGUAUCUAGCACAAGGCAAGCAGAGUCGUCUGCUGACCGCCAACGUGGCGGACCCUCAAAAGUUAACAAAAUUCCUCACCUCACAACCACAUCUGAAGUGGAUACACCAGUUGGGGAGCAAGGACUAUGCCACAGCUGGACAGACCCUGGCUAAACUCGGUUUAGAAGAAACGGAGCUGUUAUCUCGUAAAAAGACACUGCUCAGUAUUAGCAAGCUCUCAUUCCUGGCAGACGGCCAAGAUGCCGAAUCAGAGGACAUCUUGACAAUAAACCGACAUUUAGAGACGGUCACGCACCAGGAGAGGAUGAAGCCGGGAGUGAUAGAGAACGCGGGACUGAUGCCGGAAAACAUGGCCCCUAUCUCGUGUCCUGACCUAAUCAGACUGUGUGUAGGGGACUACAACCCUAACCUGGAGGAUAUGGACGUUAAAAAGGCCCUGGAUCUGCUGCAGGGCGCGGCAGAAGACGACACUGUCAGCAAUGAAGUGUUUGAGAAACUCAGAUUGGAGAUCUGGUGUGCGGUGAUCAUGAAGGAUGACUGGUGGACUAAGUGUCAUCUGGUGGCUCCCGAUCAGAUCGAACAGACUUUGUUUUACCGGGCUGUAAUUCUGGCGUACAACUCAGGAAUGUUGGUGUCCCACUUCCUGCCCACAGUGGACCAGCUCCUGGGUCUGGAGACGUGGGGUGAGGUGUUUGUGGAGGAGGGUCGGAGGAAGCAGUUUGAGUAUAUCCUGAGGUCGGGCUACGAGCAGAUGUCUACCCUGGGUCUUGUCAGUCACUAGGAGGAGUGGAGUAUUUUUAUGUAAUUUAUUGUUUAUAAAUCUUCAUCAAUGAUAACGGAAGAAUAAUACUUCGUCACUUUUUCUGUGUUAACUGUUAAAUAUUGAUAGUUCACGGCUGGUUUCCGACGCAUGUUUGCCCUUUUAUUUGGUUGAGUUGAUAAACCUUAAAAACACUUCUUCUUGGGUUAUCCAAACAAUAAUUUUAUUGACAAUAAAUGAACUAUGACUAUUUGUAUUUAUAUUUCGUUUAGUAUCGAUUUACCAUCUAUUCAA